CUUAGGUUAAAGUUUCUAAGAAUAAAUACAGAAAUGGCAACAAGCAGAUCAUUUUUGGUAUUAGGACAAUGUGUUCCAUGUAUAAAACAAAAUGCAUCGAAAUUUCGAGUAAAACGAUUAGAGUUAGAUAAAAAUUUAUUAAUGUAUUUUCGAAAAGAUGAAUACAUUUACGCUCACGAUCCAGAAAAAAAAUGUAAAACUGGUGAUGUUGCAUUAAUUAAAGAAUUACCAAAGAAAAUGACACGGUUAAUUACCCAUACCGUUUUGGAUAUCGUUCAUCCGUUGGGUGAUAUAACAGAUCCAAUAACUGGUAAAAAGGUAGUUGUGGGUAAAUAUAGAGAUGAUAUUGCUGAAGUGAAUCAAAUGUAUGGAGAAUCACCAGAUGGUUUUAAAUACGAUAAGGCACCAGAGAGAGGAUGGCAAGAAGAUAAAAAAGAUUUUACGCAUCGUGAAACUUACAUUAAAUAUCAUAAUUUUGAAAAUGAUGAUCAACCAUACGCUGUUUAAUAUUUUAUACUUUAGUUUUUUUUCUUUGUAGUUAAAUAUUUUGUUUGUGUUUUAUAAAUAUCGUUUAAAUAAAAUGUAUAGACCAAAAUAUCAGUACCAAAUUUAUAUAUUGCUAGCAGUUAUCCGCCCGCUUCGCUGAGUAUUUCCACCCUUAAAAGUUAUGGAGUAAAACAAAAAGUUAGUAAAGAAUUAAGUAUGUGAAAGGCGCUAAUUAAUUUACA